CUCCGGAGCUUUCAAGUGAGUAAUUAUUUUUAACCAAGCUCUCUAGCGACCAUAGGAGCUCUGCAAAUUGAAACCAUCUUACUUAAGAAUUCCAUUGAUGUUGGGACGUACAGUUAAAUGUAGACAGUUACAGCAUAUAUUUUCAUAGCUGUUUAUGAGAUUGGGUGGUUGACAGCACUACUCCUACUAAGUUGAGGAAAUGUCGCUAUUAAAAUUUCUGCUGCAUCAAAUGAUAUAUGAGACAUUAAAAUUACUAUACUUGAAAUUCAUAUUUUAACCGCCUAAUGGGUAGUGAAGUGCCUAAUUACUCCUUGAAAUUCACUUUGACGGGUCAUACAAAAGCAGUCUCAUCUGUAAAAUUUAGUGAAAAUGGUCAGUGGUUGGCAAGUUCAUCAGCUGACAAAUUAAUCAAAGUGUGGAAUGCCUAUGAUGGAAAAUUCGAAAAAUCUAUCAGCGGUCACAAAUUGGGGAUCUCAGAUGUUUCAUGGUCUUACGACUCAAGAUUUCUGUGUAGUUCUUCCGACGACAAAACUUUAAAAUUAUGGGAUCUAGUUUCUGGAAAGUGUUUAAAAACUCUUAAAGGUCACAGCAAUUAUGUCUUUUGUUGCAAUUUUAAUCCACAAUCAAACCUGAUCGUUUCUGGCUCGUUUGAUGAAAGUGUUAAGUUAUGGGAUGUGAAAACAGGCCGGUGUAUCCGCACGCUUCCUGCCCACUCUGAUCCCGUCACAGCUGUUAAUUUUAACCGUGAUGGUUCACUUAUUGCUUCCAGCAGUUACGAUGGAUUAUGUCGAAUAUGGGAUACCGGUUCUGGCCAGUGUUUAAAAACAUUGAUAGAUGAUGAUAACCCUCCUGUUUCGUUUGUUAAGUUCUCGCCUAAUGGAAAAUACAUUCUAGCUGCUACACUUGAUAGUUGUCUCAAGCUAUGGGAUUAUACUAAAGGUAGAUGCUUAAAAAUCUAUGGAGGACACAAAAAUGAAAAGUAUUGUAUAUUUGCAAAUUUUUCGGUUACUGGGGGCAAAUGGAUUGUCUCAGGAUCUGAAGACAAUUGUAUUUAUUUAUGGAAUUUACAAACAAAAGAAAUUGUACAGAAGCUUUCCGGCCAUAAUGAUGUUGUUCUGUGUACUGCUUGUCAUCCGCAAAUGAACAUGAUCGCUUCAGGAUCAUUAGAGGGUGACAAAACAAUUAAAAUAUGGACUAGCGACAAAUGAUUAAUUUCCCAACUUAUUACGAUUUCGCUUCCUUGUAUACUAUCUUUAUGUCCAAUUCUUUUUGUAUGUAUCUGUUUUCAUGUCACGCAUAUUAUUAUUCAUGUGAACUACAAGUCCCUUGAUUUAUCUUAGGCAAAUUAUUCAUGUUUAACACUAUUAUGAAGAGGAACAAAUUUUUUUCCUUCGUAAAUCGUCCGACCACGAUUGUCUAUUUGAUGGUUUUUCCCAUAUCCUUGUGAAAUGAACUUAUUAAAAAGCUACUCUUUAGUAGUAAAAUACACGUAUGGUUGCUAACUAAUGAAUGGUAGACUGAUUUAGUCAAUUAAAUAAUCUCUCACAAAGCCACAGCUAUAAUCCCAA